ACUAUCUGUGGAAAAUGUCAAUUUAUAGGAUGCUGAUGCUAUGCUAUUCAGAUUCUUACAAUUACUUAUCUAUCUCUAGUGAUGUGGUGUGUACCUAUUAACCAGCUAUUAACCUUCUCAAUUAACAAUUAGUUACCCUGUGUUUAACCUAUUUUUUGUCAUCAUGUCAUUAAGUCAUUUUGACGAAAAAAGUGGAGUUGUAUCCUUCAAAACAAGCUGGGGAACUUGGUGGCAAACAGUCGAUGAAGUUUACAUUUCAGUUGACUUGCCAAGUAACACAAAAGCGAAAAAUGUUAAAGUGACUAUUAAAACCAACAAUGUCGAAUGUAUUGUAUAUGACAAAGUAUUGUUCAAGGGUCAUCUAUACAAACCAAUUCACCCUGAUGACAGUGUGUGGACCAUAGAAGAUGGUUGUACUCUAAAUAUAGUUCUGUCUAAAGCGGAAUAUGACCAAAAAGAUACUUUAUGGGAAUCCAUUUUAAAGGACGGAAGCUACCAACCAGAUCCUUUAACACUGCACGAGAUGAGAAAGAAGCUUGAUCUAGAAAAAUUUCAGAUUGAGAACCCUGGUAUGGAUUUCAGUCGAGCAAAACUCUCAAAAAGCUAUGACCAAAUGCCUGGAAUGAGCGUGCAGAGAAAUGAAGACACCACCACUAAAAACUAAGCAUCUUACAUCCAUUUUAUAAUACUCAUCAUACAUCAUUAAAAACAUUUUUUUAUAA